GUGAUUCAUGUGUUCCAAUCAGCUCCAUGGACACAGGUGUAUAAAAUCAAGCCCCUAGGCAUGCAGACUGCUUCUACAAACAUCGGUGAAAGAAUGGGUCGCUCUCAGGAGCUCAGUGACUCCAAGCGUGGUCCUGUGAUAGGUUGUCACCUCUGCAAUAAGUCCAACCGUGAUAUUUCCUGGCUACUGAAUAUUCCACGCUCAACUGACCUAAUGGUCGUAACAAAAUGGAAGCAACUGGGAGCAACAACAACUCAGCCAUGAAGUGGUAGACCAAGUAAUAAAAAGACAGAGCAGGGUCAGCGCAUGCUGAAGCGCACAGUGCACAGAAGUUACCAACUGUCUGCAGAGUCAAUAGCUAAAGACCUCCAAACUUCAUAUGACCUUCAGAUGAGCCCAACAACAGUGCGUAGAGAGCUUCAUGGAAUGGGUUUCCAUGGCCGAGCAGCUGCAUCCAAGCCUUACACCACCAAGUGUAAUGUAAAGCAUUGGAUGCCGUGGUAUAAAGCACGCCGCCACUGG